AUUGCAGGGCUCAACACCUUUCACAGCCCCAUACUCCUUGGACGUCAUAUCCAACCCCUCUACCCCGGUCCGCGAGCGCUCUUCGCUACACUUACACACAAGACACACAACAUGUGUGACUACACUCAACGAGAGUACUCCUGCGGCCACUUCCGGUGGAUCGCCUCCAAGUGGUGCCGGGACUACACCAUCACGCACAAGAGGUGUCAGCCGAACGUCACCCACUUUGAGUACAGGGCCGAGGAACUCUGCGGCGAGUGCAAGCCGAAGGAGUACCCGCCAUGGGAGUACCUGAUCAAGCGCCCCCAGCAGCGGACCUACUAAAUGGUCCAACCCCGUUGGGGAGAUGGGAGAGAAGGUGAACCGCACCCGAGCGACAAGAUGUGGAGGGCAUGGCAGAGGGGAAUAGGGGACUCCCUGGCAGGCGGCAACCGGCCUUGCCGCACCAAAAAGACGCGUCGAGCCUACGGCACGCCAGACCGAU